UCCCUUAGCUGCGCUGGUCGGCUAUGACGUCACCCGACACACGCCCGACUCCUGCCAGUGUAGUGGGUCCGUAGACUAGUUCGCCCACAUUUUUAUGUACUGUUAGUUAAAUACCGUUACUUUGCUACCAGGCCAGGCAGCUAACUAAGUCAUCGGAACAGACAUGGCAAAAACCUACGAUUAUCUUUUUAAACUACUGCUCAUCGGGGACAGCGGAGUGGGGAAGACAUGUCUACUGUUUCGCUUCAGUGAGGACGCGUUCAACACCACCUUUAUUUCCACCAUUGGGAUAGACUUCAAAAUUCGAACAAUUGAGCUGGAUGGAAAGAAAAUAAAACUUCAAAUUUGGGACACAGCAGGACAGGAGCGAUUUAGAACAAUCACCACAGCCUACUACAGAGGCGCAAUGGGCAUCAUGUUGGUAUAUGACAUCACUAAUGAAAAAUCAUUUGACAACAUUAAGAACUGGAUCAGAAACAUUGAGGAGCAUGCGUCGUCUGAUGUGGAGCGAAUGAUUUUGGGAAACAAAUGUGAUAUCAACGAUAAGAGACAAGUGUCGAAAGAGAAGGGAGAGAAGCUGGCCAUUGAUUAUGGGAUCAAGUUUUUAGAAACUAGUGCAAAAUCCAGCACAAAUGUAGAAGAGGCCUUCUUCACCCUGAGCAGAGACAUUAUGACCAGACUUAAUCGGAAAAUGAAUGAGAAUAGCCCAUCAGGUGGAGGAGGUCCAGUCAAGAUCACUGAAAAUCGCUCAAAGAAGCCCAGUUUCUUCCGCUGCACUCUUCUCUAACCCUGCAGUUCUUCCAGUCUCUGUGUAACAGGAUGUGUGUGUGUGUGUGAGAGAGACAGAGAACAUGUCUUAGGAGUUUGUUUUAAUUUCUGUAGGAUUAUUUGGAGCACAAUUUAUGGGUGUGUGUGUGUGUGUGUGUGUGUGUGAGUGAGAGAGAGGCUGCCUGCAGUGCCACUGGAGUGUGAGCUGCUGCUGAGAGCUCUGGACACUCUUCCUUACACACACUGACGACUCAUGAACAGAAAGGAAGAUGGAGCUCAGCUGGCUCCUCAUUAGCCCUGCCCCCACCAUGCCCUGUCCCACCCCCACCCAAUACAAAACCAGGCUUGUCUUUGCAGAUCCUAACAAAGUUCUUCCCCAUCUGCACUUUUUAUGCAACAAUAGUUUUAAAAGUUAAUGUUUCAUUUGCUUUUACUUUGAUUAGUGAGAGUUGAUGUCAUGAAGGAAACCAGAUCCUACUGGGUUUGUGAGAAUAUACAGAAGAUGUGUAGCUAGGCUCAACAAUACUGACAAGAAAGAGUCCAAGGUCGUUACCACGCCAAGGACACACAGUACUGAAGGACCACCAUUGCUUAUCCUGAAGGACUCAAAGAAAUCUGGAUCAUAUCUGUAAGAUUGUUUUUCAAAAGCACAUUUAUUCUGGUCUUAAAAAUAUGACCUUUGAAAAUGUUUACAUUGAGUAUAUUAGCAGGUAAUUUUGUGAGGAUUUCUAAAUACAGAUUGUGUAAGGAAAGCGUAGGACAGGUUUCUGUCAUGUUCCAAAGUCGGAUAAUGAUUACGUUGUAGGAAGUGCAAUAUUUCCCAGGACAGUCUUCCAAUCUGCCUAGCUGAUUCCACCGUUAUUACAAGAGACCAAAGGAACUGAAAGCUGCAGACACUGUGGUAAACCAGGCCUGUUUAAGUGUCCUUCAGGGCCACUAUUGUUAAUGUUUUUUUACCCCCUAAAUGAAGGCCAUCCCCAAAUGCUAACAGUAGCAUGUCGAUUAUCAAAUAUUAACGGGUCCCUAGUUUCGUUCAUUGUUGACAUGGUUAGUAUUUUUGGUUCAUGUAUUUCUUUAAUAUCAUGUACAUUCCAUUUUCUUAGUGAAGUCACACACACACAGUCUCGACAAACGAGGAAGACUCAUGUCCACAUGCUUGUUGAAGUGGCAGUCAGCUUGGCCUCAGCUGGGACCUGGAUAUUAAAUUCACAUUAUUAUGUUUACUAAUGGUAUUAUAUUUUUAUACUUUAUCUACUAUAUGGAAGCACCUGUUACUUAUCACUCUGUAAAAACCACUUCAAUCAUGUUUGGAUGCAUGACAUUAAUAUGUCGAUUUACUCUUUUUUAAAAUAUUAAUUUCAGUGUAUUUACAGUAUGUUGAUGUUUUGCCUUUUCUAAUUACCUUUUUGUAAGAUUCUGUAAGUAAGGAUUUAUAGUAUAGUGUUUGAUCCCACUGCUACAGUGUUUUCUUUUGUUCUUUUGUAUUCAGUCUUAACUACGCGCAGUAGAUUGCAAUACCUCUGUACUGGUUCUGAAGUCAGGAGCAGCAGUACUGAUGUCUUUAACUUUUCAUUCGACUGAAUGUUACGCUCAAACUCCAAUGAGAGGUUCAUUUAUUCUUAGAAGAUUAGUGCACCACUCCAGCUAUCAUUAAACCUUUUUUUAAAAUCUUUUUUAUUUUUGUUAUUCUACAAAUAAUUGCUUACUGCAUUUGUUUAAGGGUACACGAUUGCUUGAGUUUCAUUGGAUGUUUAGCGUGUCUGUUACAGGCACUGAUCAGACACAGUCUAAUAGCUUGCAUAGGUGUGCCGUCCUGGAUGACCUUAGUGGUCAGAUUUUGAACACGCAUGCUGGCACAUGUGCAUACUUUACAAUGUAACUAUGACAGCUUUCAACCUCCUGUAGAAACUCCUUCAUGGGUUUAAUGCUGCAUCUUUCUUCUCAAUAAUUUCUUUUUAAUAUUUUCCUCAGUUCCUGUCUGUGCUGUAACAUAUCAGUGUAAACUGAUACUGCAUAAAGAUUAAACUAUCUUUUGUAAAUUA